UUGAAAGAUCUUCAUCGGUCGCCAUUGAAAUAAAAAGCGUGGAAAAUUUAAGCGUUUUUAAUUUAAAAAUAAGGCGAAAGAUAUUAUUUCUUUUUUAUUUAUUUUGAAGAAAAUGAGUGAUUAUUCUUCUGUUGCUCCACCUCAAUCGCAGUUAAAUCAAUCUCAAGCUUUCGCAGCAGCUCUCCAAAGAGCUAAAGCCAUCGCAGCAAAAAUUCAACCGGGCAGUCAACAACAACAAAGUACUGGAGGAAUAAAAAGAAGUUUUGACGAGGACGGAGGACCAGAUGCUAAAAAGUUUAACAAUCAAUCAGAAAAUCAUCAUCCUUCGGGUGGGAUGAACAAUAACGGUCCUCAGAAUAUGUCACAGGCUAUAGCACAGGCAGCUGCAGUUGCAGCACGUUUAGCAGCUACAGCUGGAAAUACUAUUGAAGAACAAAUUCGUUUUCCUGAUAAUAUAUUAAGUUUUAUGACUGGUCGCAAUGGUAAUGAUAAUUUGUCACACAUUCAAGUUGAAUCGGGCUGCAAAAUUCAAAUGUCAAAUGAGUCUGAUUGUAUAUGUACAUUAAGAGGGGGACGGGAUUCAGUCACUAAGGCCAAGGAAAUGAUACAACAAUUGGCCACUCAGAAUGGGAAUGGUAUGAUUGAAAUAGUUACUUCGAUAACUAUACCUCCUCCUGGGGCAAAUGGAUAUCCUCCAUACCAAGAAAUAAUGGUUCCUGGACCAAAGGUGGGUCUAGUGAUUGGUAAAGGUGGCGAAACCAUUAAACAACUUCAAGAGAAAACUGGUGCAAAAAUGGUCAUUAUUCAAGAUGGACCCAACCAAGAAGCAAUUGAAAAACCGUUACGAAUAUCCGGCGACCCACAAAAAAUUGAACAUGCAAAAAGUUUGGUAUUUGAUUUAAUCGUUGAAAAGGAACCGCAAUUUAGAACUGGUUUCAGUGCCGGAGGUGAGCAAGCUGAGGUUUUUGUACCUAAAAUAGCGGUAGGAGUUGUUAUUGGUAAAGGUGGCGAUAUGAUUAAAAAAAUUCAAGGAGAAACUGGAUGUAAAUUACAAUUCAUACAAGGCAAAAAUGAUGCUCCUGGUGAUCGAAGAUGUAUUAUACAAGGAACAAGGCAGCAAGUUGAUGAUGCCAAAAGAAUGAUUGAAGAUCUAAUUGAAAGUGUUAUGAAAAGUAAUCAAAUGUCAGGUGGGCAAAUGAAUCGGAAUACUAAUCAAGAUAACGGAAAUUCGGCCUACGGUUAUGGCUAUGGAGUGAAUCAUACUCAACAACCUCAAAGAGAAGAAGUAACAUUUUCUGUUCCAGCUUCAAAGUGUGGAAUCGUUAUUGGACGUGGUGGUGAAACAAUAAAAUUGAUUAACCAACAAUCUGGGGCUUAUUGUGAAAUGGAUCGAGCGGCAGUAAACCCUCCAUCAGAGAAAAUGUUUAAAUGCAAAGGAACUGCAGAACAAAUUGAGACCGCAAGGCAAAUGAUUUCAGAAAAAAUUAAUGUGGAUAUUGUAAUAUUAUCAAGAAAACCAAUCGGAAACACGAUUCCAAAUCAUGCGGGAAACGCUGCUGCUGGCUAUGGCAACAUGCAAGCAGAUACUACAGCAGCUGCAUACCAACAACAGUGGGGCUAUCAGCAAGGCUGGGAUGCAACACAGCAAGCUGCUAUGCAAAUGACAACCGCUGCGGCAGCGGGAGGCGCUCCAGACUACUCACAGCAAUGGAUUGAAUAUUACAAAUCAAUGGGAAUGACUAGGGAAGCAGAAAUGAUCGAACAGCAAUUAAAAGCUAAACAAGCGGCUGGUCAAAAUGGUGCAGUCAGUGCUGCUGUUGCGGGAAUGGCUGCGGCUCAAAUGAUGCAACCUACACCAGCUGCUCCAGCAGCGCCUGCUGCGGCAACAGCAGCUGGUGUCCAAGAUUAUAGUCAACAAUGGAUAGAAUAUUAUAGAAGGAUCGGUAAAAUAGAAGAAGCUGAACAAAUAGAGAAACAAGUGGCUGCUGCAAAAGUUGCCUCUGGUACAAAUGCAAAUCCAUCUGGUAACCCAAGCAGUAGUAACAAUCCAGCAGGUGGUGUGCCGGGUAGCGCUGCCGGUCCAGGUAACCCUAACGGUCCUGGUAAUCCUAAUGCUCCUGGUGGACCAGCACCCGGAGCUGGUCCAGCAGGAUACCCUCAGAGUAUGGCACAAUAUGCACAGUAUUCACAAUAUGCACAAUAUGCUGCAGCUGCAGCAGCUGCUGCAGGUCAGGGUUAUCCAGGUUAUCAAGGUGGUUACCCCGGCGGUGGUUAUCCUGCUGGACCACAACCUCCUCAACCAAAUCAGCAAACCAAUCAGAAUGACAAAAAUUAAAUAUAGUAUGAUGUGUCCGUUUAAAAGUGAUUGAAUAAUUUAAAAUAUUUUAAAAUAAUAUAUGAAAAUCAUAUAGUCUUCGUUUAUUAUUUGAAAAUAUUUCUUUUUUGGUACGCAAAUUGAGGAAAACACAUUUUUGUGUUUUAGUUUAUAGUUAUUUUUUAAAUAAAUACAUUUUAGAAUUUAGCAAAAUAUAUUUGUUUCAAAUAUAUAUAAAAAAAAAAAAGAAAAAGAAAAAAAAAUUAAAUACAAAAUAUUAAGUAAUAAUAAAAACUUAGCAAUUACAAAUAUAAUUUAUGCUAAAAAAAAUUCAAUAUAAAAUAUGUGUAUGAAAUUUUAAUCAAUAGGAAAUUAAAUAUAGGUGUACGUACUAUUUAAAAAUAAAAUUCGAUUAAUUUUAUGGAAAGUCAUAGUAGAAAGAACAGCAGCCAAAACGUAUGAAAAAUGAAAUUAUAGCGUUAUCAGAUGGCGAUGGAUGAAGGAGAGGAAGAAAUAAAUGGCAUUUUACAAUAAUGUGGUAAAAUGGUAACAAAAAAAAAAACAAAUAAAAUUUUACUAUUAUAUAAUUGUUAUUAAUAUUAAAGUCUUCGAAAUCCAAAAUAAUAUUUUGUAAUUCUUGAUUUAAAGUUAAUGUAUAACUGUUGUAAGAAAUUAAUUAUUUUUUUUUUUAUAAAACCCGGAAAAAAUUAUUGUUUUAAAAAAUAUAUGCUUAAUAUUUAAUUAAAAAACAAUGAAACUUUAAAUAAAAUAUAGAUAUUGAGUUAAAUGUUUUUUUAAAUGAUGUAAAAUAAUUAAUAAAAAUAUUAAAAAGUAUUCGAAUUCUAGUUUUUCAAUAUUAAUUUUCGAAUUAUAAAUUAAAAAAAAUUUUGUAAUAAAUAGUAAUUGCUGCAUUUUGCUGAUAAUUGAAUUUUUUAAAGUCUUACAAUACGACACAUACUUUAAAU